AGAGCGAGGACCCGAGGCCUUACAACAGACCACCACAUCGCACCAACAAGAGGUCACACCAUGGCGAACUUCUCAGUAGAAUGGCUAUCUCAAAGUUUUUACCACACUUCAACGGACCAAGUGGACAUCGAAGAAGACACAACAUAUGACAGGACAAGUUCUCGCAUGCCUUGUGUAGUUGUUCCCCGGGCUCCAUCAACGUAUAAUCAAGAUACAGUUGAGCCAAAAGAACCUACUGAAGUGAUUCUUCAUGUCGACAUGAACGAGCUUGCUACUAAAGACGACUACACUCCAUCUUCUCCAAACAAUAGCUGUGGCUACACGACGGGCUCUGAGAGCGAGGUGGGGGACGAUAGCGAGGGCGAGUAUACACUACACCGCAGGAUGAGAACCAAGUUCACCUCUGAUCAGAUCUGCAGACUAGAACGAACCUUCAACAAACACAAAUAUCUCGGUACAACUCAGAGGAGAAAGAUUGCUGAGAAAAUGAAGCUCUCUGAAACUCAGGUGAAAACAUGGUUUCAAAACAGAAGGAUGAAGCUGAAACGCGAGGUCCAAGACCUGCGACCAGAAUUCUUUUCUCCUCCAGCAUCUCUGCUGCCACCACUGGUCUACGCCGCUCCGUCAUUUCAGCACCAAGCGCUUGGUGGACAGCUCUCCACCUUCGCCCAGAGAACACAAGCGCUCUGCCCGCAUCACAUUCAGAGAGUCCCUUUGCAACAGAUGAUUCAUGGAAAACCAAUUCACCCCAUGAUGUUGGCGCCCUGUUACUACUGAUUGGACAGCAAUCCUAAAGACUGAUUCUUAUAGUAUAACUUAUGUUUUAAUAGUGAACUUCUGUUUAAUUAUUUGACUCGCAACUGGUUGAUUCCAAUUGGGGAAUUUGUAUCUAGAAUCUAGAUCUGUCUCCAUCGUUGUCCUUUUGAGGCUAUUAUAGACAUUUUAAUUACUUGCAAAGUACUACGUGUUAUGUAUAUACAGAUAAAUAUAUGUAAACAUUUGGA